UCGUUUUUUAGUUUUUAACUCUUUUUUCUUCAUAAUCAUGGCUUCACUUUCAAGUCUUUUGCCAAAACCUCGUCAAACGUUGGCUUCAGCGCCUAGUUCAGCACCACAAUUAGAAAAACAAAUCAAUCAAAUCGUUGCCAAAAGUAGUCAGCAUCGCAUUCCACCUUAUGGACAACGUAAAAACUUUCGACCACGACUUGCUGAGGAUUUCGGAAACGGUGGUGCAUACCCUGAAGUUCAUAUCGCUCAAUACCCGCUUGGCAUGGGUCGUAAAGAUGGCAAAUCCAGCAACGAUAGUAAAGGUGGUGCUUUAACGCUUCAAGUAGAUGCUGACGGUAAUGUCAAAUACGAUGCUAUUGCUCGUCAAGGUCAUGGCGAUGAUCGAAUCAUUCACAGCUCAUACAAGGACAUGGUGCCGUUCCAUGAACGUAAAGAUGUCGAUGUCGAUAAGUUAGUUAUGGAUAGACCCGGUGAAGAAGAAGUACAAAGCGUGGCAGAAAAGACACGACUUGCCCUCGAGAAAAUUGUCAAUGUCAAAAUCAAGGCCUUACAACCCAAGAAUGUGGGUCCACCUAAUGGUAGUGGUACUAAUAAGGAUCCUACCUAUAUCCGUUAUACACCUUCUCAGGGUCAAGUGGGCGAAGGGUUUAAUUCGGGUGCUAAACAACGUAUUAUUCGUAUGGUGGAUGCCCCUAGUGAUCCUAUGGAACCCCCUAGCCAUUUACAUAAAAAGGUUCCCCGAGGUCCUCCAUCACCUCCAGCUCCCGUCAUGCAUUCUCCUCCUCGUAAGUUGACUGCCAAAGAACAAGCUGAAUGGGUUAUUCCUCCUUGUGUCUCCAACUGGAAAAACACAAAGGGUUAUACCAUUCCUCUUGAUAAACGUUUAGCUGCUGAUGGUCGUGGUCUUCAAGAACUCACCAUCAAUGAUAAUUUUGCCAAAUUCUCGGAAGCCUUAUACGCCGCAGAUCGUCAUGCUCGUGAUGAAGUCAGACAAAGAAACCUGAUGCAACAAAAAUUAGCUCAAAAACAAAAGGAAGCAGAGGAAGAGAAAUUGCGUCAACUCGCUCAAAAGGCCCGUGAAGAAAGAGCUGGAUUCAAACCUUCCACCACCACAACUAAUGCUCCUUCAGCAUCAGAGAUAAACACAAACAGACCUUCCGCUAGUUCACUUAUGGCCGAUUAUGAUUCCACAGAUGAAUCAGGAUCAGAUAAAUCAGACAGCGAGGAUGAAUCGCCCGUGAGACGUGGAGCUGCAGAAGAUGAUGAUGAGGAUAAAGCAAGAGAGCGUGAUCAAUUAAGACAUGAUCGUCAAAAGCAAAGACAAAAGGAAAUGCGUAUGAGUAAAAUGGGAACAGAAGCUAAGGCUAAGCACCUUGCUCGUGAGCAAGGUCGUGAUAUUUCUGAAAAGAUUGCACUUGGUUUAGCUAAACCCACAUUAAGUAAAGAAAGCAUGUAUGAUGCAAGAUUAUUCAAUCAAUCUGAGGGUAUUGGAUCUGGAUUCAAGGGCGAUGAUGCUUAUGCCGCAUAUGAUAAACCCUUGUUCAACCAAACAUCCACAUCCAUCUAUAGAUACAGAGGAGACAAUAAUGAAUCUGAGGUAUUGGGCAGUACUAACGCCGAAGACCUUGAAAGAUCUAUCAAAUCAGAGAGAUUUGGUUCUAGUCGAGGAUUCCAAGGUACAGAAGGAGGCGAAAGCUCCACUGGCCCCGUUGAAUUCGAAAGAGAGACUUUGGGUAAACCCGCAGCAAAGAGCACAGAUAAAGAUGUGUUUGGUUUAGAUACUUUUUUGAACAAGGCAAAGAAAGGAAAGGGAAAGAGAGCCCGUGACGAUGAUGAUAGUGACGACGAUAGACACAAGAAGUAGAAACAAUAUGAAAAUCCAUUUUUUUUUUUUACAACUCACUCAUAAUAUAAACAACAUCAAAAAAAUCGUAAAUAAACAUUUUUCGCCUUAUUUUU